UGUGUGUGUGUGUCAGUCCGUGUGACUCGUAAUAUGUGUCAAGAGUGUGAGGGGAGAUUUCUCUAUGUAACAGACUGAAGCUAAUGUGUUUAACAGCAGAGCUCAGAAAAACAGAGGUUUGUCGAAGUAACAAGGUUUUCUCAAUUGAAUCCAUCACUGCAAAAACGGGACUUAUGCGAGAACAGUGCACUUGUCAAUAAAACAAAGAUUUACCAAGGAAACUUCUUGUCAGGAGGUGGUGAAGGAAAUAAGCCGGACAAGUCAGAAGAGGAUAUUUAUUUUGGGAAAUCGUAAUAUGAAAAAGGACCAGGUCGAGAUAUUAGGUUUUGUCCCUCAGAAAGAAAUCGUCUAUAACAAACUUCUCCCGUACGCAGAGAGACUAGACCGCGAAUCAAAUGACAUUUUGGCCCAGAUUAAAGGGAACUUGGGUCGGGCUGUCCAGCUUCGAGAAUUAUGGCCCGGGGUUUUGUUUUGGACCAGGAAACUGUCCACGUACCUCCGUCUAUAUGGGAGAAAGUUCAAUAAGGAGGACCAUGUGUUCUUCAUCAAGCUUCUGUACGAGCUGGUCACCAUCCCCAAGCUGGAGAUCAGCAUGAUGCAAAGCUUUGCACGACUUCUCGUCAGCUUACUGAAGAAGAAAGAACUGCUUUCCCAGGAUGACUUGGAGUUGCCUUGGAGGCCUUUGUACGAUCUCUAUGAGAGUAUCCUGUACUCCAAAACCGAGCAUCUUGGUCUUAACUGGUUCCCAAAUUAUCGAGCAGAAGCCUCAACUAAACAAAAAAUGCUUAAUUUUGUGCGCAAGCGCUCAGUGGAGAACGUGUUAAAGACACUAGUAAAGAGCUGCAGGCCUUAUUUCCCUAAGACUGCCACACAGGAGAUGCUGGAUGAGUGGCGGCCGUUAUUGUGCCCAUUUGAUGUCACUAUGCAGAAGGCCAUUAGCUACUUUGAGCUUUUCCUGCCCACCAUCAUGCCCCCAGAACAGCACCACAAAGGCUUCAAGUUAUGGUUUGAUGAACUCAUAGAUCUGUGGGUCUCAGUCCAGAACUUGCCUGCUUGGGAGGGUAAUCUUGUCAAUCUUUUUGCUCGUCUUGCUAAUGACAACAUUGGUUAUAUAAACUGGGAUCCAUACAUUCCCAAGAUCUUCACCAGAAUACUUCGUAGCUUUAAUCUGCCUGUUGGCACCAGCCAAAUGAUAGUUCCCAGGUACGUGACCAACUCUUACGAUAUUGGUCACGUUGUCCUUUGGGUUUCAGCCAUGCUGGUAAGUAUCAUGGGUCACUCGUUCUAUAAAACAAAAUCGUGCCUUUAUUUACAGAUAACUUGCAAUAAUGCAUUUUAUCAUCUUUAUCAGGGUGGCUCACAGAACCAGGCCCAGAAACAACUUAAUGGGCUCUUCAGCAGUAUAGCAUCCUUUUACCACCCCUCCAACAACGGCCGAUGGCUGAUGAAGUUGAUGAAGCUUCUACAGCGUCUGCCUGCCAGUGUGGUUCGGCGGCUACACCGGGAACGCUAUAAGAAACCUUGCUGGAUCAGUCCUGUUCCCCCCAGCCACAGGCUCACUGACCAGGAUGUGACCGAUUUUGUAGAGAGCAUGAAGCAGCCAGUGCUAAUGGCCAUGUUUAGCAAGACAGGCAGCAUGGAUGCAGCCCAGGCCCUUCAGAAUCUCGCCCUUAUGAGACCGGAGCUGGUCAUCCCUCCUGUGCUGGAGAAGACCUAUCCAGCUAUGGAGACCCUGACGGAGCCACACCAGCUCACCGCCACCCUCAGCUGCAUGAUUGGCAUGGCCCGCAGUCUCCUCAGUGGUGGCCGGCAUUAUCCUGAAGGGCCGGCACACGUCUUGCCCCUGCUUAUGAGAGCCUUGCCCGGUGUUGACCCCAAUGACUUCAGCAAAUGCAUGAUCACGUUCCAGUUCAUUGCUACUUUUACUACUUUAGUGCCUUUGGUGGAUUGUUCGUCGGCCCUCCAUGAGAAGAAUGACUUGACAGAGAUGGAGAGAGAGUUGUGUUCAGCCUCUGCAGAGUUCGAAGACUUUGUUCUGCAGUUUAUGGACAGGUGUUUCGCGUUGAUUGACAGCAGCACGCUGGAGCAGACGCGCGAGGAGACUGAGACUGAAAAGAUGACUCAUUUGGAGAGUCUGGUGGAGCUGGGGCUCUCAUCCACAUUCAGCACCAUUCUCACACAGUGUUCCAUGGAGAUCUUCAAGGUUGCUCUUGAGAAAGUCUUCAACUUUGCCACCACCAACAUCUUUGAGACACGUGUUGCAGGCAGAAUGGUGGCCGACAUGUGCAGAGCCGCUGCUAAGUGUCACCCUGCUGAGUCUCUCAGGCUGUUUGUACCACACUGCUGCAACUCCAUUACUCACCUUACUGCCAAUGAGGAUGUUUCAAAUGAGGAAGAACUGGACAAAGAACUGCUCUGGAACCUUCAGCUGCUGUCUGAGGUUACUCGUGUGGAUGGAGAAAAGCUCCUGCCGUACCGUACGCAGCUGGUGCAGAUUCUGCAGCUAACCCUGCGGCUGCGCUGUAAGCAGGGCUACACGCUGGCCUGUAAUCUGCUCCACCACAUUCUGCGCUCCACAGUGCUCACUUACCCCACAGAUUACUGCAGUGUGCCUGGCGGGUUUAGCAGGCCUCUGCAAGAGCACCUGCCUAUUAAGGACUGGGGUCGCCCAGGAGACCUGUGGAACCUAGAGAUUAAGUGGCAUGUGCCGAGCGUGGAGGAGACAGCAUUUGUCUUCUACAUCCUGGACUUGCUGUUACAGCCAGAGCUCCAGCGCCUGCAGAGAUAUGCACAAGGAGAGCAAAACAUGAGCAGGGAUGAUGUUCUUCAGAGUCUGAAUAUAGUCCAGCACUGUUUGCUGGGAGCUGGCAGCAUGCUCCCCCCUUUAAACGGACCACCAGUCACUGGCCUUGUACCCAGCAUGAUUAGUCUGGAGGAAACAAAGCUGUACAUUGGUGUUGACUAUGACAUGUCCAGAGAGAAUUACCGGGAAGCUAUCUGCAAAGUAAUGAGACAGUUGCUUCAUUACAUUCUGGAACACUCCGAGGAUGACACCAAAUCACUUUUUGCCAUUAUCAAGAUCAUCAGCGACCUAAUGCAUUUCAAAGGUUCCCACAAACACGAGUUUGACUCCCGUUGGAAGAGUUUUACCCUGGUGAAGAAGUCCAUGGAGAACAGGCUUCAUGGAAAAAAACAGCACAUUCGAGCGCUUCUAAUCGACAGGGUUCUUCUUCAGCAUGAGAUGCGCAAGUUGUUGGUAGAAGGUUGUGAAUACAAAACCGUUCAUCAAGACCUGCUAAGGGACCUUCUGCGUCUCUCCACCAGCACCUACAGCCAGGUCCGCAGCAAGGCCCAGAACGUGUUGUUUUCAGCACUAGGCACAUAUAACUUCUGCUGCAGAGACAUUACUCCACUUGUCCUCGAGCUGCUGAAGCCAACACGGACCGAUGUCACCCAGCAACAGUUCAAGGGGGCACUGUACUGCUUGCUUGGGAACCAUGGUGGAGUGUGCCUUGCUAACCUACAUGACUGGGACUGCAUUGCUCAGACGUGGCCGGCCAUAGUUCGCUCUGGCCUCAGCUCAGCUAUGUCCCUGGAGAAACCAUCCAUCGUCAGGCUUUUCGAUGACCUUGCGGAUAAGGUCCACCGCCAAUAUGAGACCAUCGGCAUCGAUUUCACCGUACCUGAGAGCGCAGUGUUUCUGGGCCAAUGCAUCACAAACUCAAGCCAACCCACUCCACACAUGGGCACCCCUACAGACCAGGAGCUGAAGCAGGGCCUGGCACUUCAACAGGCCAAAAACCAGGAGGCAGAGCGGAAAUAUGAACAUCUUGUGAGAGCUCUGUUGGAAUGUCUAGACAACCGGGACUUGCCUUGGAAGUUUGAGCACAUUACUAUUGGCUUCCUGUCUCUACUCAUAAGAGAUGACUAUCCUCUACCCGCCUCUGCAGUGCGCUUCUUUGUACAGAGUCUUAACCAUGAUGCUCUUGUUGUUCGCAAGAUGGCGAUCGCUGCAGUGGCCGGAAUACUUAAACAGCUCAAAAGACCCCGGAAAAAAGUACCCAUCAGUCCAUAUGAUAAAAGUGGCGUAACAGAGCCGGAGGGGCUGGUGGCAGGUGACAGGCCAGGAAAUAACUGGCUGCAGUAUCACAGCGACAGCCUGCCACAAACCCAGCAGGCCUGGGACAGUUUCUGCUUUGUUGAAAAGACACACUGGGGCUACUACUGCUGGCCAAACAAGUUGAUGGUUUAUGCCCCACCAGAUGAACAGCCCAAGAAUCUCUGUCCUGACAACAUGAGUGAGAGAGAGCGCAUUAUCUAUGACAAGUUCACAGAUCCCACAUUCAUUAAACAGCUCAUAGAGUUCUUGUCCCUGGAGGACCGAAAGGGCAAAGACAAGUUCAAUCCUCGUCGCUUCUGUCUUUUUAAGGGACUUUUCCGGAACUACAGCGACGCCUUUUUGCCCGUUCUCAAACCUCAUAUGGAGAAGCUGGCAGGCGACUCUCAUGAGAGCACCCAGCGCUGUGUUGCUGAGAUCAUUGCAGGCCUGGUUAGAGGCAGCAAGCACUGGAGCUUUGGCAAGGUGGAGGCACUAUGGAAGUUCCUGAGUCCCUUGAUGCGAACGGCAUUAUCCAACAUUACCGUUGAGACCUACGCUGACUGGGGCACAUGUGUGGCUACAGCAUGUGAGAGCCGAGAUCCACGAAAGCUCCACUGGCUUCUUGAGAUGCUUAUGGAGUGUCCUCUCAGUGGGGAAGGAGGAUCCUUUGUAGAUGCGUGUCGCCUAUAUGUGCUUCAGGGUGGUCUGGCACAGCAGGAGUGGAGGGUCUCAGAGCUUCUGCACAGACUAUUGAGUUACCUGGAGCCCAAACUCACCCAGGUUUAUAAGAACGUGAGAGAGCGCAUCGGCAGCGUGCUGACGUACAUUUUCAUGAUUGAUGUCGCCCUGCCGUACACGCAACCUACAAAAUCCCCACGCAUCGCCGAAUUCACCGAGAGGGUGCUGUCUAAACUAAAGCCUCUGAUCGAGGGUGACGAGGAGAUCCAAAACCAUGUGGUGGAGGAGAACGGAGUGGGUGAGCAGGAUGAAAGGACCCAGGCCAUCAAACUCCUCAAAACGGUUCUGAAGUGGCAGAUGGCCAGCGCCGGGCGCUCGUUCUCGACCCCAGUGCCACAGCAACUACAGCUACUACCCCUGCUUUUUAAGAUCGCUCCUGUUGAAAAUGACGACAGCUAUGAUGAGCUAAAGAGAGAUGCAAAAACCUGCCUGUCCCUCAUGUCUCAGGGGCUUCUGUAUCCUGAGCAGAUCCCUCUGGUUUUGGAGGUGCUACAAGAGAUCGCCGGCAGCAGCUCUUGGCACGCACGGUUUUCGGUGCUGACGUACCUACAGAUAAUGGUGUUCUAUAAUCUGUUCACCAUACUGAGCACUGAGCAGACGGUUCAGGAUGUAAGAGCACUGGUCAUCAGGCUGCUGGAGGACGAACAACUGGAGGUGAGGGAGAUGGCUGCCACCACUCUCAGCGGAUUCCUGCAGUGCAACUUCCUAACCAUGGACGCCUCUAUGCAGACCCAUUUUGAGGCUUUAUGUAAAACCAGACUCCCAAAAAAGAGAAAAAGAGACUUGGGAUCUGUAAUGGACACAAUCCCUUCAGUCGAUCUGGUACGGCGUCAUGCAGGAGUGCUAGGACUCAGCGCUUGCAUCUUAUCCAGCCCGUAUGAUGUCCCAACCUGGAUGCCUCAGCUCCUCAUGGAUCUCAGCGCACACCUCAAUGACACACAGCCUAUCGAGAUGACUGUGAAAAAGACUCUGUCUAAUUUCCGCCGUACUCAUCACGACAACUGGCUGGAACACAAGCAGCAGUUCACGGAUGAUCAGCUUGUGGUGCUCACGGACCUUCUCGUGUCACCCUGCUACUAUGCAUAGACUGGUUGUGACCUUGUUGCUGCAGGUUUUAGUUAUUUCUUUUUAAAUUUAUAUUCAAAGAAUUUAAAAAUAUGGGGUGAUGAGAGGGAAACUCAGAUGAUUUGUUCAUCUGACGCGGCAGCAUCUGUUGCAGAAUCUCUCAAACCCAAGAGCGCAUGGGAGGAGGAGGCAUGUAUAGGCAUGAAGGAAUCACACGGUGUACUGAGAUUAAUGACCUACAAAUUCACUCUGUACGUACUGUUUGUAUGUAUAUAUAUCUACCCCUUAUUUUUGCAUUUCAACUAUACUUAAUAUUUAAGGUUCACCAGCGCAGGGAUGUACGGCCUGCAGUCUAUAAUAUUGUACAGAUAGUGUUAUUUUUUUUCUCAUCCUCUGUGUGUACGUAAACUUUGUGAUGAAGGACAGAACGCCCUCUUCAUAUUCCGAUUCUCAAGCUUUUUUCCACUGAUCCUCAUCAGCAUCCUCUUCGAGUUAAGGUUUGUGAUCUUAAGGAAGGGUUGUCUUAAACCCGGUAAUUGAAAUCAAUACAUACAGAAUUCAUAAUGUUAAGUGUUUUAUUUUCAACACACAAAUUGCCGAUGCCACCAAAUUUGAAUCAAGCGAAAUGUGUUUUUGGUUAACUGGAAUUGUCAUUCCAUCUGUGCUUUUUUGGCAUUUCAUUCUCUGUAAGCAUGUGAUUUUUGUGACGUAAUGAGACAUCACAGACCAUCAUCUUUAAACCACAAGACCUACAUCAGUACGGCAUAUUAAAAUUUACGUGGCGUUCUCCAGUAGUAAUUCUUUGGAAAAAGUUUGUGCUGAGCCCGUGUUAUGAAUCAUCGCCUAAGGAUGCACGUCUAAGUACUGUGUUAUUAUUGUGGUAUGUGUGAAGUCAGCUGUUUGUGGUCAGGUGAGGUACAGCACUCUGCUCACAUGCCAUUAUAACAGGGUUUUGUUUUGUGUCCUGUGCGUUUUCUGUAUUUAUUUGUGUAUGUAUUUUAUGUACCGUACGUAUGCAUUUAUCUAUGCAUAAGACUGAGACUUCCGCUAGUAAGAACAGCCCGAUCGGAUUAAAUUUGAGGCCAGUUGGUGCGAGAUACAUAUGCAUGUCAGUGUGAGUGUGCAUGUUUGUGGUUUGGCCGAGUUAUGGUUGAGUGUAUCAAUACGUUGAGCUUAUCGGCAUGUGACCGGAAUCUCGAAGGUCUCCAUCCUCUCACACUGGAAUAUUUUAUUUUUUUGUCAUUAAUUUCUCCAGCCUCAGUACAGGACUACAUUAGAUCGUCCUCUGAAUCUCUCUCAGACACAUACAUGGCGCCAGAAAGGGCUUCAGGUUAUAGCCUGGUUAGUUCUGUUUUACAUUAUGGAGUGUGCAUUACAGAAUUAUUAUUUAGCUUAGUGCCAAAACUGCAGCGAUCUUUCUCUAUUUUUUUAGAUGUUUGCUUUGUUUUACUCAAGAGGCCAAUAAAUGUAUUGUUUUUAACAAAUGGAAAUGGCCUUUUUCUUCGUUUGGCUAACUUUGGACACUAAUAUAUACUAACAUUAUUAGUAGAGCUUAGGAAAAAAUAAAGAGCCAGUACAUAAUAUGUGAUGUUGGUAAUUACAGUA